UUCUUAUUGGAACUAGUGUCGACAUUUUUUUAAGUUGAACUCUGUAGGGAAUCAAUUUAAUAUAAAUAAGAGGUAAAAUGAAAAACUUUUUACUUUUUAUAUUGAUUAUAACCUUAAAAUUAAGCUUAAGUGAUUAUACCAAAGAGGUACAGUGUUCAUAUUCUCGUUAUUUUUUAAACUUUUUUAACCAUAAUGAAAGAUUUUUGUUAGAAUUCGAGAAAAAUAAUGAUUAUAUAACGAUAGAAAAUCUUAAGAACUAUGGCAAUGCACUUCAAACGCACAGUAAUGUAAUUAUGAUAUUUUUGUGUGACUAUUUAAAAUAUAAUACAAAAAAGUUUCCUUUUCCUUUAAUAACGGUAAAUAUGUACUUAAAUAAUGUUUCUGACUCUUUAAAUAUGAUUGCUCAAAACAAAGAUGGUGAAAAAAAUUAUUCUAAAAAAUUAUUUGAGGGAUAUAAAAUUAUUCAUUUCGCAGUUAAAAAUCAACUAAAAUCUUAUAUAAAUAAAAAUUGUGAAAACGAACAGUUUUAUAAUUGUCUGGUUAGUUGCAAUCCUACAAUCGGUGAAAACGGAUAUACUACUACAAAUCUAAUAAAUAUAAAUAAUGAACUUAAAGAUAAAAUACUGGAUACUUUUGAUUUUAUAAUACAAAAGAAUUCAUACAAUAAAUUUCAUCCAAAAAAUAUUUUGUUUUACGAUAUAAUGACCCUACAGAUUCACAGCAAUAAAAAUAAUACUAUAAGCAUAGAUAAUAGUCAACACAUAGAACUAAAUCUACUUCGAUUCACUCCACUUGACUUUCAAUGCUCUAAGAAUAAUCGUUUAACUAUACAAGAUAUAUUUCAGUAUAUGAAAUAUGAUUUUAAUUCUAUGGAUGUUUUACCGUACAUAAAGUUGGUAAUUUCGGCUACGUUUCGACCCUUAGCUAUUCUUAUUCGCAACUUCUUAAUCUUAAUUCAAGUUGCUUCUUCAGAUAAUUCUGAUAAUGUAGCAGUUUGGUUAAAAUGGCAAUUUAUUGAGAUGGGACAAAAAAUAAUAAAACAUGUAAAGAAAUUCAUGACUCUCCCCCCAUACCAAUAUAAAAAUACAUUUCUGCAACGUGACGUCUUAAACAACUUUGUUAAAGCUAUUAAAAAUUAUAUUAUAAAAACAAGGAUAUCCAAAAUUGAUAUUAAAUAUAAUAAUAUAUUACUUAAAGUACUUUCAAAUUUCUUCAUAAAAAACAAAUUAUAUUUUACAAGUGAUAUAGUUCUAACCAAUAAAAAUAUUACUGUGGAUAAUGCUGAUGCCAUUAAAAAUCAAUUAGAAAAAAUCAUAAAAAAAGUUGAUAUCUAUAUGAACGAUUUAGAAAAAUGGAGUACAGAUUUUAAUUUUAUUGUACAAAAAUUUAAAAUCCGGGUUUUUAAUAUUUCAAAAUAUAAGAAAUUUAUUGACAUUAAAGUUUUAGAUCGUAUUUGUAAAAGUGAGGCACGUUCUGAAAUAUAUAAUGCUAGUAUGAAUGAUAGUAAUAAUAUUAAUAUAGGAUAUUAUGAAGAUUUGAAAAUUGUGGAACAUAACUUAAAGGAUCUAAAAGACCAUAAUGAAAAUGAUGAAGAUACAAAAAACUCCUUUCAAUAUGAAUCAACUUAUGAACCUCUUUAUAUGAUUGAUUAUUUGCCAUACAACGCGUGGAAUGAUAUAAAUUAAAAUGUUUUUAUAAAUAAUUUUGUAAAAUGUCAUAACUUAUUUACAAAGCUUUUUUCUUAGUAAUUUGUUUAGUUUAUUUUCUAUUUGUUUAUGCUAAAAGUUGUAGUUAAUAAUAAAAAAUGCCAUAUAUUAAAUA